CCUUCUUCCUUCACACACGACACCGAGAUGCCUGUCCCACUGAUACAAAAGGCGAUUCUGGAUGGACUGGAGACGGUGCCCAACUCGGCGGUCCUUCUCAAGCUUCUGCCUGUACUGCUGGUGCUGUACCUGAUCAGGAGAUGGUUUCAAGGAGCCUCCAACACUUCCGAGCGAACCAUGCACGGCAAGGUCGUCAUGAUCACGGGCGGCACAUCCGGUAUAGGCGCCGAAGUAGCCCGCGACUUAGCGACAAGAGGCGCUCAACUCGUCCUCCUCACCCAACACGCCCUGGACGACUUCUUCCUCGUCUCGUACAUUGAAGAAUUGCGCGAUCGCACAAACAACGAACUCAUCACCGCCGCCCACGUCGACCUCAGCUCCCUCCACUCGAUCCGUCAGUUUGCCACAAAAUGGGUCGACAAUGCUCCGCCGCGCCGUCUCGACAUGAUCAUCCUCUGCGCAAACACAAUGACCCCCAAGGGCGGAAACAUUGAGACCACAAAUGACGACGUCGAGAUCAAUUGGGGCUUGAACUACCUCGCCAACUUCCACCUCCUCAGCAUCCUGUCUCCUGCCAUCCGCGCCCAGCCGCCAGACCGCGACGUCCGUAUCAUCAUGGCAACCUGCAGUUCCUACAUCGGCGGCUCCCUCCCAGUCACUGGCGUCAAGGAAGCAAAGAUCAGAAAGAAGGAAAGAGCUGAGAGAUUCGACCCAUACUCCGCCUACGCAUCGUCCAAGCUCGCCCUCAUGACUUUCGCUCAAAGCUUCCAGAAGCACCUUUCCGCUUAUGCUCGUCCUGACAAGAACCCAAUGAACGCUCAUGUCAUCAUUGUGGACCCUGGUCAAACCCGUACUCCUGGUAUGCGCCGCUACCUCACUUGGGGUUCCCUUACUGGUCUUGUGCUUUACCUCCUCUGCUAUCCUCUCUGGUACAUCAUUCUCAAGUCUCCCGCACAAGGCGCCCAGUCCUUCCUGUACGCAGCCAUGGAAGCUCAAUGGGGUCGUGGAAACGGUGGUUGGUUGAUCAAGGAGUGUCGCGAGAUUGCUCCCGUGAGAAGAGAAACCUUGGAUGAAGAGUUGCAAAAACAGCUUUGGGAAUACUCGGAAAACAUGAUCCAAGAAGCUGAAAAGAGAGGUGCUGCUGCAAGAGCAAAGGCAAAGGCUGAAGAAAAGAUGAAGCCUGCCGAACCCAAGAAGCCAGAGGAGAAAAAGACCGGUAGUAGAAGAAGCAAGAAGGCUUGAUCUGCUACCAUUUUGACAAGGCAUUGUACAUGUUGGUAUAUACCCAAAGCAUACUUUCUUCAUAAACCCAAUCUUAACAUUGUCUACAUACACAGCGAGACGACAGCUCAAGUCGAAGCCAGAAGGUUUAAUGAUGUACAAGCAUUGACAAGCUUUGCAGAUUGUGUCGAAGCUUCUUCAUUCUUGGACAACAGGGUCCGAGGGUCCGAACCACAUUAAAUCCUGCUCUCGACAGUUUAUUGAGGUUUCAACGUAGUUUAUGGGGGUGGUCUGAUGGUCAAUCACUUUCAUAACCUGUCGAUCAGGAUGUAACAAGGUCUCGAAAUCUACCACACGAC